AUGGCUGAGCCGGAGCUGAAAUCACGGAACAGUCGGGAGAGCAUUACCAAGUCGAUGAGUCAGGAGAAGAUAGGGGCAGCUGAGACUGUGCCAGAUGAGGAUGGUUCGACUACUCCUGCUCCAGCUGCCACCACCCCCACUGAGGGCUUGCCUGCCAAAGGGGACAAAAUUGAGCUCAAACGCAGCAUCACCCUCUUUAAUGGUGUGGGGAUGAUCAUUGGCACCAUCAUCGGCUCAGGCAUUUUCAUCACACCCACUGGAGUGGUCCGAGAGACGGGCUCAGCUGGGCUGUCCCUCAUUGUAUGGUCCAUCUGUGGAGUGAUAUCCACCAUGGGCGCCCUGUGCUAUGCAGAGCUGGGCACCACCAUCACCAAGUCAGGGGGUGACUACACGUACAUCCUGGAGAUAUAUGGAGAGCUGGCGGCCUUUUUGAAGUUGUGGGUGGAGAUGCUCAUCAUCCGUCCAUCUUCUCAGUAUGUGGUGUCACUGGUGUUUGCCACCUACCUGCUGAAACCACUCUAUCCACACUGUGAUGUGCCUGACAGUGCCGCCAAGCUCAUCGCCUGCCUGUGUCUUACUUCCCUGACAUUCAUCAACUGUAUCAGUGUGAGAGCUGCUACCAAGGUGCAAGACCUGUUCACGGCAUCCAAAUUGCUGGCCCUGGUCAUCAUCAUCCUCUUCGGCUUCAUCCAGAUUGCCACAGGUGAUGUGCCAUACCUGACACCAGAGCUGGCAUUUGAAGGCAGCAAACUGGAGGUUGGCAGCAUUGUCUUGGCUUUGUACAGCGGCCUCUUUGCUUUUGGAGGCUGGAAUUAUCUGAAUUAUGUGACAGAAGAGAUGAUCAAUCCAGAGAGGAACCUGCCCCUGUCAAUUAUCAUCUCCAUGCCAAUAGUGACGGUGGUGUACGUUCUGACCAACUUGGCCUAUUUCACCACCAUCCCUCCCCAGGUCAUGAUCGAGUCGGAAGCUGUUGCCGUGAUUUUUGGGGAGUACCACCUUGGUGUGAUGUCAUGGUUGAUUCCCGUGUUUGUGGGGCUGUCCUGCUUUGGAGCCGUCAACGGAUCCCUUUUCACCUCAGCACGGUUGUUCUAUGCUGGAGCUCGAGAGGGUCAGCUCCCUGCUGCUCUGGGAUUGGUCCAUACAGACCUCUUCACCCCUGUUCCCUCCCUCAUCUUCACUUGUCUCCUGUCCAUGAUGUACGCCAUCUCUAAGGACGUCUUCUCCGUCAUCAAUCUCUUCAGCUUCUUCACCUGGCUGUGUGUGGGUAUGGCUAUUGCUGGUAUGCUCUGGUUGCGCUGGACCAAGCCUGAACUCAAGAGGCCCAUCAAGGUGUUUGUGUUCAUCCCUGUGAUUUUUGUGGUGGGCUGCGUCUUCAUGAUUUUGGUGUCCUUCUGGGCAGCUCCCUUUGAAUGCCUGGUUGGCAGCAGCAUCAUUCUCACAGGCAUCCCAGCCUAUCUGCUGGGCUACAAGUGGAAGAAGCCCCACACGGUGAAGAAGAUGCUGGAAAUCUUCACCAUGUUCUGCCAGAAGAUCUUUAUGUCGGUUCCUGAGGAGAGGGAGCAGCAUGAGGCGUCAGACUAA